AUGGCCCGUGGACUCAAGAAGCCGCCAAAGCGCCGGCGGCUUGGAAGGCCCAGCCGAACUGCCACCUCGCAGGAGCAGCAGAACGCUGGCCUGGCUUCGAAGGACUCGCCUACGGUGGACGCUGCCACGGGCAGCUGGGCAGCCGAGGCGGUCGGCCAUGCCCGCAUCUUGCUGGGCGAGAGGCCACCCGAGCACGGGGUUCCGGAGGCGGCGGCGAUGCUGUCAGCUGUCCUCCUGAGACUGCCAGACCUGUGGUCUGAGCUGGCCCAGGAUACGCUGCUUGCUUUCGGAACCACUUCCACUGCGAACGAUGUCUCCGGCAGCGCCAGGAGUCGAAGCGGAGGAUCGGCAUUCGUUGCUGGCCGCGAAGACUUGGCUGCGAGAUCAAGGAGGCUACUCCUCUCAGCUGUGGCAUCGGCAGUAUGUCCCGUCCGCGGCAAGGCUGCGAAAGUGGCGCGAUCUGCGCAGGCCGGAAAUUCUACACCGCUCGCCGCCGCGGCGUCGUCCGUGACACUGCAGUGCCUGCUUGGCGAGGCCGAGGCCGACGAGGGGAAGUUCAUUGCUGCCUUCCAGUCCUUGAGACGUGCGGAGGCCCUGGCCAAGCAAGCUGGCGACGUCAAUGGAGCCAGCAGGGCUGAAGCCGCCCUCGAUGGGCUCCGAGCUGCCGCUUUGCAGAGAUGGCACUUCCAGAUGAUCAAUGAUGUGCCGCGAGGGGAACAGUAUGGCCGUGCCAUUGCCUCGGCUGUGGCUCAGCUCGCCGGGAGGCCCGAGGUGCGGGCACGAGGUGGUGUCACCGCUUUGGACAUCGGCACCGGAACGGGUCUGCUGGCUCUCAUGUGCGCGCAACAACAGGGCGUGCAAAAAGUCCAUGCAUGCGAGAUGAACGAAGCCCUCUGCGCGAUUGCUAGAGAGGUCAUCGCCUCACAGACUACGACCCACUGCCCGAUCACGUUGCAUCCCAACGUCAGCACAGCGCUCUCCUUGGAGGAUCGUGUCGACCUGGUGUUCUGCGAGGUCUUCGAUGCAGGCUUGUUGGGCGAGCAUGCCUUGCCGACGAUUCUCCACGCUCGACAGGCACUCUUGCGAGAAGGGGGUCUUCUCAUCCCAGCUUGCGCACAGCUCUUCGGGCAGCUUGUGGAGGCUCCGAAGCUUUUGGAGAGGUUUGCGGUGCUGCACUCCCCGACCGGGGCCUCCUUGAAGGGAGCGAGGCUGCGCAACAGUGAGCGCUACAGCUGCGAGACGAUGUCCACGAUUCCGCACGUGAAGCUCACAGAUCCGAUUCCCCUUGUGAAGCUGGAUUUUCAGGAGAUUGAAUACUUGUACAGCAACUUGGGCAACUGGAUCGAUCCUCCAGUCGAACUUCGCGCCACAUGCGCUGGCAUUGCGCAGUUCCUGGUGUACUGGUGGGAGAUUGUCUUGGAUACAGAGGGUCGCUGUCGCAUCAACACCGCACCGGAAGGAGGCUGUGAGUCCUGGGAGCAAGCCGUGAGACCCCUUGCUGGCUGGGACACCGAUGAAUGUCUUCGGGUGACAGACGGCGAACUCCUCCACCUCCACCUCCGCAUGCAGGCCACGGUUAAGGGCAAAGACCUUCUUCUCAAGACAGAUGUGGGAGCGGCCCACAUACUUGAUGCCAAUGUAGGCCUUGGCAUUAAUUACGCGGUAAUGGCAUGGCAUUGGACCAUGGUCCUGGUCUUCAUGGUGAUCUACUUCGGGAUUGCAGCUCUCACCACGCCCAUGCAUGAAGGCAUUCCGUGGCUGACAUUGGUGCAAAAGCUCCUCGUGUUCUGGAACAUGUGGGAAGCUCUUGGGCUUGGUGUUAUCUCGGGACCAAUGCAUGCCAAAGUGAAUCCGCCGUUUCAAGACUGGUGGUAUCGAUGGACCGUUGGCACCAUGAAGUACAAUGCCCCCUUCCUUCCUUGUCUGCCAAACCGCAGAAACUAUUUGGACGUGCUCGUGGAGGGUGUUUUGAUGUACAUGCUGACGGUUCGCGUGCUUGUGUCCCCGGAAGUCACUCCUGCACUGAUGUGGAUCUAUGAGUUCCUUUUCGACUACGGGCAGCAUAUGCACACAUACGGUACCCAAACGAUGUACUGCUUCUUCUGCAUGUGCUUCACAGUGGAGCAGGGUCAAGUCGCGGGCCUGCAGCUGUUCAUGACCUGGUUUUACUUGUGCUCUGGUUGGUGCAAGAUCGGGCCAUGGUUCAAGUACUUGAACGUUAGCAACCUCUGGUCUGCGAAGUACAUGGUGAGCAUGCCUUGGUCCGACUGGUAUCGGCGGGUCAUGUACAAAGGAUACAAAGACUCGGAUCCGGAUUACCACCUUACCCGGGCCGCCACGGUUUUCUCGGCCGCCUGUGCAGUCAGCGAGACUCUGGGGCCGAUGUUGGUGCUCUCGAACAGCGACUCGGUGGUGACCUUCGGCAUCAUCUUCAUCUGCUGCAUGCACCUUUAUAUCAUCUCUACGCUUAUCGUGGAUGUCUUCACCUGGAACUUCGUGGAUGCCUUGUUGUACAUCUUCCUUUUCGGAUGCUAUGGGCCUGCUGUAGGCGGCCCCAUGGGCUUGCAAUGGCACGACGUUCCCAAAAUCCAUCCGGCUAUGGCUGCCUUCCUUUUGGCACACGCCUUGUACAGUGUCUACGGCAACUUUGUCCCAAGCCACGUGCCCUAUGUAGUGGCGCACCGACACGCUGCCGGGAACUUUGCGCAGGGGGUUCUCCUCGUGCGAAUAUCGGCGGCUGCCAAACUGGGCAAGGUGGUCGCACACAACGGCUGCCCGGUGGUGAAGGGCGCUCCUGCUCCAGGAUGGAUCGGAGAGUGGCUCGGCUUCCACCUUCUCAUGGCCUACUUCUGGUUCUGGAACUUACCCAAUCGGAUGCUGCUCCCGUUGACCUUCGACCAGCUGCAAGCUUUUGGGGGAAGGGAGGUGGCAGCCUCGACAACACCUCCUCAUUGCCUCGCAUGCCUGCCUUGCUUGCCAAGUUGCGUUUACAUAGAUGGGUGA